CUUGUUUUUGGACCAAUGUCGCCGAACAUGAACAUCACUCCAAAUGAGUCAAUAUAUUUUCACAAACUAUAGUGUUACAGAAGAUUUAACAACGGAAGACGAAGGUUUUAACUCCAGGGAAGAGGAUAGCAUUUAUAAUAGUUCUCCUAGAACUCCUAGAACGGAGGAAGAUAGAGAGACAGCUUCGAUUGUUUCUACAGAUAUAGUUGAAGAAAGUACCACAGAAACUGUUCAAUCUUAUUCUGAUACCAUUUCAAAUUCAGAUUCAGACAGUGUUGAUUCUUUUUCAAGUAUUGAAUCACAGAUAGAGCAGUUUUUCCAAUAUCAGAGGGAAAAUCGAGAAAAAUUUGGCGGGAUUUUAGAACAACAAAUUUCGCGAUUGAGACGGGAACAAUUUGAUCCAGAAUUCCCAGAAAGAAAAUGCUUCACGGAGGAUUCGACGCAAACAACAUAUGUGGAAAAUAAAUCUCUGUCUGCCAUUUGUACAUAUGUAAAAGCAUUGCGUGAGUUAAUUAGUGAGAAGAUCCAGGCAGACGAUAUAACAGAUCUAGAAGAAAAUUUACAGCACUGGUACCGAACACUAUCGGAACACGCUGAAGAUAUCGGAUUAACAGAAGAAGACAAAGAACGCUUGAUUCAUGGCAAACAAGAUGAGCUCUCUGAAAUAAUUCAAAAUAUUAUUGACAGAUAUAACGUUCGGGUUAUAAGUUCUGGCGAGAACAUGUGGUCUGCAGACAAAUUAAGCCCAAGGAGUUUAACUCAAGCUGCAAGGAAGUACGACAGCUCAAAUCUAAAAGAAAGCGACAGAAAAUAUAACACUCAAAAAGAUAACAGUCAAUUUUCCCAAUAUAUGAAGAAAUACGAGUCACCAGAAACUUCAAAGCAAGGAAAGUAUCUAAGCAGUGAUCGGGACAAAAAAGCUUCAGCGCAAUUAACAAAUGACCAUCCACAAAUACAAACUUCCAAACUGUCUUACCCUGAAGCUGGUCGACAAAACAAACGUUAUAAUCCUAUUCCGAGUAGCAGUGCAUAUGAACAGUAUGAUUCCAAGGCUUCUCGGCAAAGAAAACUGUCAGAAUAUGGAGAGAACCCUUAUUCUGAUCCACUGGAAAGAAUAUCACAAAAAUAUGAUUUAAUAAAAAGUAAACCAAGAGACGAUCUGUUAACACGACAACCACAAAACCAAACGUCUUCUAAACAACUGUCUAAUCCCGAAGCUGAUCGGUACAACAAACGGUAUAAUCCUAUUCCGAGUAGCAGUGCAUAUGAACAGUAUGAUUCCAAGACUUCUCGUCAAAGAAAACUAUCAGUAUAUGGUGAGAAACCUUAUUCUGAUCCACUGGAAAGAAUAUCACAAAAAUAUGAUUUAAUAAAAAGUAAACCUAGAGAUGAUCUGUUAACACGACAGAAGGAACUAUCAGAUUACGAACCAAGUGAAAGAAUGUUUCAGAAAUACACUAUGAAAGACAGAAAACCAGUAGACGAUCUGACGUCUGAGAAAUAUAGUUCAACGACAAAGCCAUCGGGAAUUGAUAGAUAUAAAGACAGCUAUAAAGACAUGACGUCAUCAAUACCAGGAAAUAACCAGUUUCGAGAACGAUCAGUUAUCAAUGCACGUGCUCAACCAGUCGAUUCGUUCUCUCGUAAAGAAAUUAACCGUUCGCAGUUAUUCAAAGACGAUAAAUUAGCUACCUCCCGAGAAAAACCGAAGCAAAAUAUCGUUGAUAAUGAACCAACAGAGGACGAAAUUGUUCAAAAUAUCUUAGAUGCGGCAUACAAAAAAGAAUUGAAAAGUACAAGAUUACCACAAGAGACAAACAUGAAUGACCAAAGAAGCACUAUAAUACCAAAAGGUCAGCGAAAACUGUCCGAUAAUGGAGAAUACACCUAUUCCAAUCCUAUCGACAAACAGCGAAAACUGUCCGAUAAUGGAGAAUACACCUAUUCCAAUCCUAUCGAUAAAGUAUCAAAAGCAUAUGAUCUAAUAAAAAAUAAACCAAGAGAUGAUCAGUUUACACGACAGGAUGAAAACAUCGGUUACGCCCCAAGUGACAAAAUGUUUCAGAAAAGCAGCACAAAGGACAGAAAACAGUUAGACUAUCCAACGUCUCAGAAAAACAGUUCCUUAACAAAGCCAUCGAAAAUUGACAGGCAUGAAGACAGCUAUCAAAUGAAGUCAUUAAUGCCAGCAGAUAACCAGAUUCGAAAAAGUUCAGUGAUAAAUUCACGUGAGUACCCAGUCGAUACGUUCCGACAAAAAGACACAACCCGUUCGCCAAUAUUCAAAGAAGAUGAACUUACUACCUUACAACAAGAAAAACCGAAGCAAACCAUUAUUGAUCGGGAUCUAACAGAAGAAGAAAUUGUUCAAAAAAUCUUAGACGCCGAUCUUAAAAAAGAAACAAAACAAGAUAGAUUACCCCAGGAGCAAAAAAUAAAAGAACCAAGAAGCCCAAGAAGCGAUAUGUUACCAAAAGGUCAGACUCGUGAUAUGGUGCUUUCAAACCCGCCAUAUAAUGUAUUUCAUGGGGACCCAAUAAAUAAACAAACAACCGACGACAGACAGAACCUAAAAGGGAAUUUGUACCCUGGUAAAACUGAUGACAUCUACAAACGAAAAGAUACAACAGUACAAAGACAAAACCCUGAAUUUAGAUCUGAUUCACAAAAAGACAAAUAUAAGCCAGCAAAAACAUAUGCCACAACAAAACAAACAAGUCAUCCAACAGGGGUUAAUAACAAACCAGGACCUAGUCGGAGUUCUUUAGACGAAAGAAAUAGGAGUACGGAUACUUCUGUAACAGAAGAAGAUAGAUACAAGCCAAUAGUUAGCAGAAGUACAGUUGAAGAAGCUUAUCAGCUGGCAGACAAUAUAGUUACAAGAGAAGAAAAAUACAAACCAACAGCUAGUCAGAGAUCAGCAGACAAAUGGCUUCAGUCGAUAGAGAGGAACAGUGGACCAACUAAAGAAUUAACAGAAGAGGAAGGUCGUCAAGGUGCAGUAAACGUCCCUUUAAAGUCAGAUGCAGCCUGGGAUAGGUUACGACAGGCGCAAAAAAGUAAAGAACAAAGACGCGAUAUUGUACCAAAAGAUCCGAGUCGUGAUAUUAUGCUUACUUCCCCGCAAAAAGAUGUUCUUCGUGGGGAGCCAGUACAUAAACAAACAACCGACGACAGACAAAACAAAAUGAUACUUUACCCUGAUAAAACUGACGACAUCUACAAACAAGAUGAUACUAAAGAACGUAGACAAAACCCUGCUUUAAGAUCUGAUUUAUAUGAAGACCAAUACAGACCCAAUAAUACCUCUGUCACAACAAAGCAAACAAAUGAUCCAUCAGGGAUUAAUUACACACCAGGAGCUAGUCGGAAUACUUUAGACGAAAGAUAUAAACGUAAGGAUACUUCUGUAACAGAAGGAGAGAGAUACAAGCCAAUAGCUAGCAGGAGUAAAGUUGAAGAAGCUUAUAAGCUGCCAGAUAGUAUUGUAACAAGAGAAGAAAAAUACAAACCAACAGCUAGUCAGAGAACAGCAGAAAAAUGGCUUCAUGCGAUAGAGAGGAACAGUGGACCAACUAAAGAAUUAACAGACGAGAAAGGAAGUCAAGGUGCAGUAAACGUCCACUUAAAGUCCGAUGCAGCCUGGGAUAGGUUACGACAGGCGCAAAAAAGUAAAGAACAAAGACGCGAUAUUGUACCAAAAGAUCCGAGUCGUGAUAUUAUGCUUACUUCCCCGCAAAAAAAUGUUCUUCGUGGGGAGCCAGUACAUAAACAAACAAUCGACGACAAACAAAACCAAAAAAUUAUACUUUACCCUGAUAAAACUGACGACAUCUACAAACAAGAUGAUACUAAAGUACAAAGACAAAACCCUGCGUUAAGAUCUGAUUUAUAUGAAGACCAAUACAGACCCAAUAAUACCUCUGUCACAACAAAGCAAUCAAAUGAUCCAUCAGGGAUAAACUAUACACCAGGAGCUAGUCGGAAUACUUUGGACGAAAGAUAUAGGCGUAAGGAUACUUCUGUAACAGAAGAAGAGGGAUACAAGCCAAUAGCUAGCAGAAGUACAGUUGAAGAAGCUUAUAAGCUGUCAGAUAAUAUUGUAACAAGAGAAGAAAAAUACAAACCAACAGCUAGUCAGAGAACAGCAGAAAAAUGGCUUCAUGCGAUAGAGAGGAAAAGUGGACCAGUUAAAGAAUUAACAGAAGAUGAAGGUGUUCAAGGUGCAGUAAAUUUCCCUAUAAAAUCAGAAGUCAAGCAGGAUAUGUUACAAAAGAGACAAAAAGGCCUUCAACAAGAAAGCUACGUUAUACCAAACGAAAAAGAUUCUUUUCAGCAUACGUACCCUCCAUAUGAUGUCAUACAUCAGAAUGUCCGAGAUCAGAUGGAAAGUGAGGGUAAAAAAAAACGAACGGUCGACAAUCGACCGGGUACUGUUGCAGACGGUUUCCAGCAGACAGAUAGUUUUGAAGUUAACGAACUUUCAAUUAAGCCCACAGAAAACAAGAGGACAGAUGAGAAAAUAUAUAAGCAAACAGAUACACCUGUUACUAUGGAACUAAAUCUGAAUCAUGUUACCAAUGACGAUAUGAAUACCCCAACAGAUAGACCUGUAACAUCAAAACAAGAACGGAUCUCCAAUGUAGAUUCUAGUGUGUCGGAUAAAAUACAUAAGCCAGAAGAUAUUCCUUUUAAAAAAGAACACAUACCAAAGCAAACUUUUACCAGUAGCCAAACUAUCGACCAAUACAAGCCAGUAAACAGCCAUAUUACAACUGGCUCAAACAGUAUUUUUGCCUCAAAAGAACAAGAACAAGGACGGGCUAAUCUUGAUACAACAAAAGAACAAAAACCUGAAACAAUGCAUAGUAUUUUUACAAAUGAAAGAAGAUAUAAAACGACAGAUAAAUUAGCAGAUAUCCCUAUACUUGACGAAGAAAAAGACAGGAUAUUUAAAGAGAAACAGAGACACGAACCUGAGGCUAUUAAAAGUACAUUGGAUAAAAAGUAUACGCAAAACGAUAACCAUGUUCUAGAAGAUCAGCUUAACAUACCAAUGAUCAGUCGACGAGAGGUGAAAGAAAGAUCCAAGCAAGUUACAAAUACUCCAGUUACAAAAGACAGAAGAGGCAAAGAAAUAUUUGAAGCAUAUAUUAAUGAACGAACAAAUCAGCCCACUAUCAGGGAAACUAAAGAAGUACCAAGAAACAUUGAAACAAUUGGUCCGAAAACAGUUGAAGAACAAUAUAAGCCAACAGAAAGUCGCAGGACAGGCAAAGAACAAAACAAACCUCAAAAAACUCUAAUAAACCAAAGCCAAGGACAAAAGACAUUUGCAGAGAAAUAUCAACCAAACGAAAUCCCGGCUUUUACUGAACAAAGACACACACCAAAAGAUAAUCGAAAUAUAUUUGAUAACAGAUAUACGCCAAAAGAAAUAAAUUAUGUAAAACAUCACAGAGAUACACAAGAAGAUAUUUUAAAUACAGACGAUGAAAGACGUAAGCCAGCUAGUAAUUUAAAUACAGUAAAAGAACAGAAUAAAUAUAAACCAACAGAAAGUACUGAUAGAAACAAACAAGUGAGAAAAACCGUAGUACCAGAAGACCUACGAUAUCAUGAAACUAUCAAAGAUGAACGAAUGGAAUCUUAUUCAAAAAGUACAGAUGGUACGGAGAAAGGCAUUGAUAGACAACAAAGUAUUUUUGACUUACCUAAUCCUGAUGAUGGCGUGCAGGUGGCGCUGAAACCGACUAAAAGUUGGUGUCCAGAUGGAGAUGGCAUGUUAUUACUGACAACACCUGACUCUGAAGAAGAUUCAGAUGAAGACUUAUCUUUUAGUGAAUUGGAAAAGACAAUGUAUUCUAGGAAGGCAUCACCUCGGAGGAAAUCAAUAGCUGAUGAAUUGGAACAAUAUUUUUCAGACCAUCCCGAAAGUCCUAUGUUAUCAACAACAUUGCUGUCUCUUCCAAAGACUCCGGGAAUGCAGCGGCCACAAUAUCUUAAUACUUUAAAAGAAGAAAAUACAAUUGAGGAUCUUACAGCAGAUAACGAAAAAGAUAAGAAUAGAAUUACAAAAGAUGAUCUUUACUUUGAAACAAAAUCUCAUGAAGAAAAAGUUUCGAUACCUUCAUACACCACUGCUGACGAAUACAACAAGAGUUAUGGUUCUUCGUCUGAAUAUGUUGUAGCAGACGAUAUGUUAUCGAUGGAUACGAAAUUCGGCGGAGAACUCGCACAAUAUCAAACUGACAUUUAUGAAACAGGUGAUCGCAACAAACCGAAUACUUCUGUUGAAGCAACAAAAUUUGGAAAGACUGCAAGCAUACCGUUAGACCACUCAAUACCCUAUUACAAUGGUAUCUGUAGGAACUGUGGCAGUGACGUCACAUCAUAUGGCACGGAACAAAUAAUACAAAUCAACACAAAUGUUUGUGAAAGUCAUAUUGAAACUUUUCGAGAUUCUUCUGGAAAAGUUUAUUACAGCACUGUCAAAGACAACUUCCACGAGGGAGACAAAAAUGCCAUCGCACAAAACCAAAACGUAUUGGUAAAUUUAACAGGAAAUCAAAUUGACCAAAGUAUAAAAGGUAAAUUACACGAUAGGUCAUAUAGUUAUGUACAGUGUAACAGCGUAUGUUUAGAAUGUCAAAAAACGAAUAAACCAAAUGGACAAAUAAACUCCAAACAACAAGCUGUUUCCAAAUCGACAGUUUCUAAACGAGCGCAGCCUGACAAUGUUAUUCUGGUGAAUAUUCCAGAAACCCCAGAGAACAGAAUACAAAAAUCUGACAAAAUGCAACAAGGAAAUGUAAAAAUAUCCUUUGCAUCUCCUAAGAAAUAUACUGUAGUGUGUUCUAGUUCAGAUUCCAAUUUGUGCGUUCAUCAUAUCAGGUCAAGUCUUUUGCGCAAGGACGAUUUAGACGCGAUUCCAUCGAAUUGUAUAAAAGUUGAGGUAUCGGUACAGCAUUUUCGCUUAUGGAAAUGUCUUCUAAUUGCUAGUGCACUGUUUAUUCUGUUCGUUUCAAUGAUUAGGAGGACAAACGGAAAUGGAGACUAUCGUGAUUUUUCAUUGUUUGAUGAUUUGUGUACUUUAAUACACCUGAAAAACUUCGAACCUCCGCCAUGUUUCUGAAAAUUUUGCAUUGCAGUUGCACAUUGAAGGUUCACAUUAAAUACUCAAGAUGGCGGAUUUCAUAUAAAAAAAAAUGUGCUUGUUAUAUGUGAUAGUCAAAACUGUUGUUAAAUUAGCAAAAAAAAAAACAACGUUUUUUUAAAAAGAAAAAAAAGGCG